UGAGUUGGGGAGAGAAAGGAGACCAGGACAGCUGCUGAGACCUCUAAGAAGUCCAGAUACCAAGAGCAAAGAUGUUUCAAACUGGGGGCCUCCUUGUCUUCUACGGACUGUUAGCCCAGACCAUGGCCCAGUUUAGAGGCCUGCCCAUACCCCUGGACCAGGCCCUGCCCUUGAAUGCAAAUCCAGCCCUGCCCUUGAAUGUUAAUCCAGCCUUGCCCUUGAAUGUUAAUCCAGCCCUGCCCUUGAGUCCCACAGGUCUCGCAGGAAUCUUGACAAAUGCCCUCAGCAAUGGCCUGCUUUCUGGGGGCUUGUUGGGAAUUCUGGAAAACCUUCCGCUCCUGGACAUCCUGAAGACUGGAGGAGGCACUUCCGGCGGCCUCCUCGGGGGACUGCUUGGAAGAGUGAUAUCCGUGAUCCCUGGCCUGAACAUCAUUGAUGUAAAGGUCACUGACCCCCAGCUGCUGGAACUUGGCCUUGUGCAGAGCCCUGAUGGCCACCGUCUCUAUGUCACCAUCCCUCUCGGCAUCAAGCUCCAAGUGAAUACGCCCCUGGUCGGUACAAAUCUGUUGAGGCUGGCUGUGAAGCUGAACAUCACUGCAGAAAUCUUAGCUGUGAGAGAUAAGCAGGAGAGGAUCCACCUGGUCCUUGGUGACUGCACCCAUUCCCCUGGAAGCCUGCAAAUCUCUCUGCUUGAUGGACUUGGCCCCCUCCCCAUCCAAAGUCUUCUGGACAGCCUCACAGGGAUCUUGAAUAAAGUCCUGCCUGAACUGGUUCAGGGAAAGGUGUGCCCUCUGGUCAAUGAGGUUCUCAGUGGCUUGGACGUCACCCUGGUGCAUGACAUUGUCAACAUGCUGAUCCACGGACUACAGUUUGUCAUCAAAGUCUAAGCUUUCCAGGAAGGGCCUGGCCACUGCUGAGCUGAAUCAUUUCUUGCUGCUCAGUCCAUUCCCUCUGCCUAGCUCCCCAGGACUCACAGAUGACUGGCCCAUGAGCUGGAAGAUAAUACAGUGUCCUUCUCUCCGAGGAACCUGCCCCCACUCCUUUCCUACCAGGUGUGUGUAACAUCCCACGUGCCUCACCUAAUAAAAUGGCUCUUCUUCUGCAUC